AUGUCCGAGCAAUCGAGCAGAAAGAAGGUGAUGGUUGCGUCUCCGUCGUGUGGGUUAUUGUCUUUGCCAGAUGAGGUGGUUAUAAACUGCUUGGCCCGCGUCUCAAGAUUGGGGCAGGCGGCCUUAUCUGUGGUCUCAAAGAGCUACCGCUCAGUGGUGGUUUCGCCUGAGUUGUACGAGACGCGAUCUCGAAUGGGUUUGAGCGAGGAGUGCGUCUAUGUAUUCUUAGACACUCCUCUUGACACAAACCCGCGCUGGUUCAUCCUCCGGCGAGGAAAAGAGGAGUCUUUUUCGAAUAAUCGGCUGAUCCCGAUCCCUUCGUUCCCAACUCCGCCAGCAGCCUCCUUUGUCCCCUUUGGAUGGGGAAUCUAUGUAAUUGGUGGAAUGAUAGACGCCGUGCAUACAUCGCGUGUCUCGUUCCUGGAUUGUCGGACUCACAAGUGGAGCCACGUCCCCUCCAUGGGAGUUGCUCGCGCUUACGCCAAGGCGGGCGUCUUAGACGGUAAGAUAUACGUGAUGGGAGGCUGUGAAGACAAAGAUCCCUCAAAUUGGGCAGAGUUUUUCGACCCAAAGAUGCAAACUUGGAGUAGACUGUUUAUCCCUGUUCCGGUUAUGGACCAGGGGAUUUCCAAGGUGAUUCGGCGGGAUUGUUGGUCCUUCAACUUUUUGACUGUACAAGGUAUGUGGAAUCAUUUAAACACAAGAGAUGCUUGCGUGGUAGACAAAUUGUUAUACUGUUGCGAUAUCUUCGGAAGAAUAACGUGGUGUGACCCUUGGAGUGGGGUGAAGAAAGGGAGGAUGGAGUGGAACAAGGUGUACGGUUUGGAUGCUCUGCAAGGGUCUUUCCACUGGAAGUCCAGAUCCAUCUCUUUCGGUGGGGAGAUGGCGGAUGUAUGGCAUUGCCAUAUGCUCAAGUGUGGUUACACAAACGGCCUCCAAGGCUUACUUCCGGGGUUCAAGCUCACCAAAUCCGGUGGCAACAUUGUCAUCUUCUGGGACCUGCUCGUCGAGGAGACGUUGCAGAUUUGGUGUGCUGAGAUUUCAUUGGAGAGGCGCGACGGAGGCCAAAUUUGGGGGACCUUCCAGUCGUCCGAUGUUGUCCUAACUAUUGACCCUCCCCUCAAUUGCUUUCAAGUUUUAUAUUCUGUUAAUGUUAAUGUUUGA